UGCACUUCCCUCGCCAUUCACCAUCUCCCCUGCUCCUCCCCACCAUUGCUCCCCUUCAGAUCCCCAACCCGAAACCCUAGCCAUGGCGAUCGCGGGGCGCGCCCUGCGCCGCAUCCCCCUCCACCUCGCGCCCUCCCUCGCGCGGCCCUUCUGCGCGCUCUCCCCCGCCGCAUCUGCCGCGGCGCCCGCCCCGGCGUCCGCCAAGGUCGCCGACCGCAUCGUGCGCCUCCUCGCCAUCGACCCGGACGGCGCGCGCCGGGAGGUGGUCGGGCUGUCCGGGCAGACCGUCCUCCGCGCGCUCGCCAACGCCGGCCUGAUCGAGCCGGAGUCCCACCGCCUCGAGGAGAUCGACGCCUGCUCCGCCGAGUGCGAGGUCCACAUCGCACAGGAGUGGCUCGACAAGCUGCCCCCGCCCUCCUACGAGGAGCGGUACGUCCUCACCCGCGCGUCGCGGAACCGGGAGCUCAACAAGCACGCGCGGCUCGGCUGCCAGGUCGUGCUCACGCCGGAGCUCCAGGGGAUGGUCGUCGCCGUUCCGGAGCCCAAGCCCUGGGACAUCCCGUAAUGCGAAGCCGAUACGACGAUGUGAGGUUUCCUUCCUCGUCUCUCUCGGUGGGUGCUUUCGCGCUGCGCCGUGACUUUUUUAUGUUACGAAUUUGAUGAAAGAAUAAUGAUUUGAUGGUCAAAACUUAGUGCUGAUGUUGAACCUUUGUUUACUUUGAAUCUUGAGCAUGUGGAUGAAUGUAAUGUGGAAUCCUUUGAAAUUGUCUCAAUUCGCUUCAAUGGUUUUGCUUGUA